AUGCAAAUGAUGCGAAAGCUUGCACCAACUGGAAUUGCUGCUGCUGCUGACAUAGGUGGAAUGACAAUUCAUUCAUUUUUGGAUGAACACCAUAAUUCUGGAAAGCCACGAACUAUAAAACCAGGUGGUUCAAAACUCGAAAAAGAAUGGAGGCUUGUCGAAUAUCUAUUAAUCGAUGAAAUGAAUAUGGCGGGUAUAAAUUUACUGGCAAAACUCAACCGAAUCAUUUGUUCUGCACAACAUGUCAAUCUGCAAGUUCCAUUCGGUGGUGUAAAUGUUAUUUUCUUCGGUGAUUAUUCACAAUAUCUACCUGUGUAUGAUGCACCAUUACAUACCGAUUUUUCAUUGCAGUCGAAAAAAGAUCAGGCAGUAAUUCACAAAGCAACAGAAAUGAAACAAACACCCACGGCAUGUGUCGCUCAAGACACCUGCAAAGGUAAACCAAUUGAAGAUCCAACACUCAUUAAAAAAUUGCUAGAAUUAUCCGACAGCAAAACGGAGCAUUUACCAGGUCUUUUACCUUUUGUUCCUGGAGUGCCUGUUAUUUUAACACAAAAUAUUGCUAUUGAACUGGACCUUAUUAAUGGAAUGAAUGGAAUCUUUCGACAACUUGUCUAUGAAGAAGAUUCUGUGACAACAGAAGCUCUUUCCGAAACAUUUCCAAACAACACUCAAUACAUUCAUCGGCUUCUAUAUGCAUUACUUGAAAUUGCCAAAUCGAAGAUUGAAUGUAAUCUUGAACAACUUCAAACAAAUUUCGUUCCAAUAUCGUUAACGGAACAAACAUUUCGAAUUGAUAUUGCCGAUGUUCUGUCAAAAGAUAAGAGACAAAAAUCAAAUUGGAAGGCAAUUUUAUCAAUAAAGUGGCGUGCACUACCACUCGUACCUUCUUACUCUAUUACGACACAUAAAAGGCAAGGCCAAACUUUAAAUAAUGUUGUAAUUGAUUUGAAACUACCAAAUGAAAAUGAUGAUAUUACCAAGAGUUUAUUAAUUAAAGCUGACUUAGAUGUAGACAAUUUGACUUUCGUUACAAAUUUUGGUUGGGAAAUGAGAUUUACUUUAAAAUUAUAUUAA